CAGGGACUAUCCCGGGCUGAGACGGAGGAGGCGGCAGUUGGCAGUCUGGAGCCGGCAGCAGCAGCGCUGUGAGGGAGGAUGAGCAGCGAGAGGAGAAUGAACCGCAGCCAGCAAUUGGGGGAAAAGAUCGCGGAGGAGAAGGGGCCGCGGAGGAAGCUUCGAAUGAAGACACGUGUCCUAAUACAUCAUCACACUUGAAAGUGAGCACAGCCUGGCUGUACGUUAACCAUGAUGGCAGAAUCACUGCCCUUCUCUACGGACACCCCAGUGCCCAGCUGGGAGCUGGAGGCCUGGUAUGAGGACUUGCAAGAAGUGCUUUCCUCAGAUGUCACCAACAGGACAGGCCCCCCUGCAGGGGGAGAGGAGCAGAAGGAGUUUAUCGAGGCCGAUGGUUCCACCCUGCUGUGGAGCCUAGAGACCGCAAAUCCCUUGGAGCCCAGCGGUGGCGAGGGGGCCGAGCCCUGUGAGCUGGACCUCGAUCUUACAGCUGAGCUUCUGGAACUGUUAGGUGAUGAGCCAGCAGGACCCACUGAGUCUGACUGCAGCCACAGCUCCCCAGCCCAGACCGGCACGGACGACGAGGAGGGGGCGCCUUCCAGCCGGAAGAGGAAGCGGAGCGCGCAGCCUCAGGGUGGCAAGAGGCAGCGGGGCAGAGAGCGGGAGCAGGAGAACGAGCGCCGGGUGGCCGAGCUGACGGCCCAUAAUCAGCGGCUUCAGGAGGAAAUAGAGCGGCUGAGCGCGGAGGUGGAAGCCACCAGGGCGGCGCUCAUCCAGCGGAUGGUGAACCUCAAGGCUUAAGGGAGGCGCGACCCUGCCCAUCCGCGCCAGAACUGACAUUUCCCUUGGCCCAGGGAGAAGAAACAAAGCAAGCUUUCGACUUUCUCAGUCAGCAAGCUGAGCAUCUGCGGAACUUGACUCAUAGCAGGCUGAGGCUGGACCUUAUCUAAACAAUAUCAGCUUGCUUCCAACUUUGAUGGAUUGCUUUUUGACGUGGGCUCGUUUCAUAGAACUGAACCAUGAAACGAUUCCCAAGCUCACACGUGCUGAACAAUGAUGCUGCGGCUUGUUCUCACCUCCCAGUUUGGAUGGUUUUAGGCCUGUUGGCUCUGGGGUGGGGAUCUCUUUAGCUGGGACAACUUUAUUAACCAGGGAGGGGGAGAAAAAAAGACUUCCAUGUGUAUCUGCGUUAAAUAGCUUUUGUACUGCCUGUAUAAAGCAAAUAAAGUUAUUUAUUUCUCACCAGGUAAA